AUGAGAUGUACAGCAAAACAAACAGAGACGAGGAUGCUAGAUGAGGAAAAGGAAGGAUUCAAUUAUAAAGACAGGUCAACUAGAUCCGAAAACUUUUUUAUAUUGCAAUUGGAUCAUCUUCGUAUUAGAGCUGGAAGAUCUGGGGUACAAUACUGUGAGUUCCAAGGUUACAUAAAUGACAAAAAAUGGAACUGUCUUGAUAGCAGUUACAUGACUAGCCUGGAGACGUUUAAAUAUCUUUUGAAAAACCAACUUUUCAAAGACUUGGAAAAGUACGAUCUAUUCAAUCAACACAUCCUUUGGACCUAUGACAAAAGCAGUUACACUUUCCAGCAUUAUCUUUUGGGGGCUAGUUCGCUGUUAUGCAAAACAACGUCUAAACUUGAAAGAAUUUUGUUUGAUGUCUACAAGAACCAAAUUAUUAUGGACUCUUAUGAUUAUGGUGUAAUUAUCCCUGAGCCCUUUUUUUUCCCCUCCCAUCUAAAGCAGAUUUUGCAGAAAGUUUUGUUAGACUUAAGGUUCAAAUCUAUUCAAUACAUACCCGAGAGUUUAUUGUAUUGUUUUGGGUCUGGUAUCCGAAAUGCUAUAAUAGUUGAUGUUAGCUGGGAAGGAGUAUACAUAAUCCCUGUGUAUGAUCUCAGAGUUCUCAAUAGUUCAGUCAAAGCUACAAACAGGGGUUAUAAAAUCUUACAUUAUAGCGGAAGUCGUACGAUAGAUGUUAAUGAUUUUGAUUCAGUUUUUUAUGAGUUGGAAAAGUAUGCUGCUUAUUCGGCCUCAGCUGAGGAAGUCAAAGGAAUUUUCUUCCCCCCAGAAGACAAUGAACAUCCAUUGGACGACGAAGAACAGUCAGUUUCCAAAUUACUGAUGGAACUCGUACAAGAACUGCCAAUUGAUAUUCGAAAAGAAUUACAGAACAAGAUUUUAGUGACUAAUAAGUUCUUGGUACCACAUUUCAGAGAAAUCUUACAGGAGGAGGUCGGUUCCAUAGGUACCAAGAUAUUUAGCCCUUUGGAUGUGUGGCAAUGCACUAGCUUAUAUGCUGAUUAUUUUUUAUCCUGA